AUGUCUUUCACGGACGUGGGUGAGCCUCAGCCAUCGACAUCCCGCGAACCCGUCGUCGCUCCAGUGCCUGCCGUUCCCCUGCUCGGAGACUCCGACUGGGAGGACGAGGAAGAAGUGGACGAGGAUCAGGUAGACGAUCCUGACUACUUCGACGACGGGGACGAUGCAGAUAGUGACUGCACAUAUGAUGAGUUGGACCGGGACGAAGUCACUCUUGACUACGUCUCUGCCCACGACACCUCCAUCGACUCCGAUGAGCCUUUGUCGGAGUACGCCCGCCGCCAUGCCGCCCGCAACGCCCCUGGGUCCAAGGGUUGGAAAGGUUGGUUCAAGGAGGAGAACGUGCCGCGUCGCCACGGCUUUUGCGGUACUCCAGGCCUGAAGGAGGAACUGGGACUUGAGGAGGACUCAACGCCCAGGGAGAUCCUGGACUGUUUCUUCCCCCCUGACCUUUGGCAGACAUUGGAGACCCAGACGAACUUGUACGCUGAGCAGCACCCGCAACACCAAUCGUCGCAUAUGAAGGCCUGGGAAGAUAGCACUGCAGAGGAGCUGCAGAAGUACAUAGGUCUUCGUCUUCUAAUGGGUGUACAGCCCCGACCUUCUUACAGGCAUUAUUGGUGUGAUAAUCCUCUUUUGAACAGCUCUGUUUUCCGUCAGACUAUGACGAGGGAUCGGUAUGACCUGUUGACAGCGAACCUCCACUUCAGUGACAACGAAGAUCCAGCAGCAGCAGACGACAGGUUGUGGAAACUGAGGCCUGUAAUGGACACGCUGCAAAGGACCUUCAAGGAAGUCUUCACUCCGGAGGAGAAGAUAGCUGUCGACGAGUCACUGUGGGCUUACAGGGGACGUCAUCAUGCUGUCCAGUACAACCCGUCCAAGAGAGCAAGGUUUGGCAUGAAAGUCUACAAACUAUGUUCCAGUGACGGUAAGGCAGCAGGAUAUACUUCGGCUUUCCGAGUUUACAUGGGGCAAGACCGAAGUGACGUCCCCGCAAGCAUGAAGGCAGUCGUAGACCUUAUGCAUGAAGCAGGUCUCUUCGAAAAGGGGUACCAGUUGUACCUUGACAACUGGUACUCCUCGCCCACCCUCUUCCACUACCUACAGUCCCGGAAGACAGAGACCGUCGGCACGGUAAGACUAAAUAGAAAGUUCAUGCCAAAGGAUUUAUCUGUGAAGAAGAAGGGCGAAGUCGACAUCAGGACCUCGAGGGCAGGGAUGUUGGCGAUGUCAUGGUUCGACAAGAAACAAGUCAACAUCCUGUCGACCAUCCACAGGGGAGAUGAGAUGGUCGACCUCCCACCCAAUAGAAGAGGGGAGGUCCGAAGAAAACCUCUGAGUAUAGUCGACUACAACAAAGGGAUGAAAGGAGUGGACAUAAGCGACCAGCUAGCUCAGUCAUAUCCAGCAGCUAGAAAAACGAAUAAGUGGUAUGUGAAAUUGUUUUACAACCUGCUGGAUAUGGCUAUAAUAAAUGCGCAUGCAGUGCAUAAGUGGAUGGGCGGAAAAAUGACACAACUGGAAUUCCGCGUCCAGCUUAUAGCUGAGUUGCUGCAGCGGCCGACGGGGUUGAAGGUGAGGAGGACAAGGAGCGUGACACCUCAGCGAGCGGCAACACCAUCGCGAUCUCCCCGGUCACCUUCCCAGCCCCGCUCCAACAAUAUGACCCACACUAUCGAAGAAAAUGAUGAGCCAGGGAUCGCCGACCCGGAGGAUUUGGGUUAA